UGGCAGCGUGCACCUCGCUUUCAAAAUGAGGACGCUGGCGAUCACGUUAUGGUUGGCGCUUGCCGUAGUGGCUUCAAUAGCCAUUCCACUUAAAGAUAAUGAAGAAAAUGUUGAAGUUUCAAGAGAUAAGCGAUCACCCACUGACUGGCACUCGCCUCCAGAAGGAGUUUGGGAGAAAAAACUAGUCUGGAAGGAAGAGUACAAAAAAAUUUGGGUCAGUAAAAAGCAUCUAAUUUGGAAGCAGGAGUGGAAAAAAGAAAAAGUUGCGAAAUGGGUAACAGAGAAAGUUAAAAAGUGGGAAGAGAAGCAAGUACCAGCAUGGAAAAUCAUCAAAAAGCCUAUUUGGAAGGAAAUUAAAGUACCUAUUUGGAGAGAUAUCAAGGUUCCCGAUGUUAAAAAAGUAUACAAGCCAGUUUGGAAGGUCAUUCAAGUACCAGUAACGAAAACUAUACAUGUUCCCGUAUGGAAUAAAAAAUUCGUCCCCGAAUGGGUAAAGGAGGGUGUGCCAGGAGAAAAAUACCUAGGCAAGGACGAGCAUGGGUGGGAGUAUACGAGUCACGAUCUAUGGAGGAAAAAAUUGAUCUGGAAACCUGUGUGGACGAAAUCGUUCAAAACAGAGCAUAAACAGGAAUGGGUAGAUGAGAAAAAGUUAGAAUGGAAAGAAGAAUGGAAAAAAAUAUGGCGAUGGGAAAAGAAACAAGAAUGGGCCAUACAAAAAAAAGAGGAAUGGGUUGAAGAGAAAGUGCAAAUAUGGAAAACUGUUAAAACGGAAGUGUGGGUGCCAGUGCAAAAGAAAAUUUGGGUUGAAAAAUGGCAUCAAAUAAACGUCCCCGUAUGGAAAACUAUGCAAGUCCCAGCCUGGAAAAAAGUAUACAAGCCAGUAUGGGUUUCUGUUCAUCAUGAACACCAUGAUCACCAUGAACACCACGAACAUCACGAAGAUCACGAACACCAUGGAUGGGAUAAGUAGUUUACACUCGGGCUAUGUUAUUUGUACAUAUAGAGAUAAUUACAGUAUAGUCGUUUGUUACUUAAUUGUUACCGGUGAGACCCAAGAUAUUGAUGUUGAGUUUUUGUAAAUAAUGUUAUGGACUGCUUUAUCUACUAAUAAUACUGGUAAGUAUUUGCCAAGCAAACACUUUAGGCGUACGCCAACGCGAAUGCUCUCUUUUACGGCGAUUGCGAGAAAUUCCGAUUUUAGCUUGCAAAUGUUAAUUUGGCUUUUGCGUGCGCCUUAGGCGGUUUAUUUUUAAUGUUGUAUUUAAAAAAAAAAUGUUUUACACCAUUAAAAGUUAACUGUGGCAUAAAAUGUUACUUACCGAUUAUUAUUUAAAUUAAUAGUUAAGGAUAAAAUUUGAAAAUGUCGUUCAGUCAUAAUUCAUUUGAUUUUUACAAAUGAUUUAUGAUUGCACCAUAUUCAGUCGUUAAGAAGACGUUGGGAUAAGUUAUUUCCCAUUUUUGUCCCACUGGAAUGUUACCAGUAAUUUUAUUACAUUUAUACCACAAGUGAAUGAUCAUUCAAAAGAAAUUUUACCGUGGACGAUACGCGAUAAGAUCUUGCACGCCUCGGAUAAAUAUGGUCAGAAAUAAAACAAUGAUUAAAGUAAAUAUGAGAUAUAUUAUCAAGAAUUUAGAUGUUAAAUUGAAAUUUAACUAUUCUGGCUAACAUCAUUAGAAGCUUGAAAAUAUAUCUGAAUGAUGAUUGAUGAACGAAUUGUUCAUUUGAUCUAAUAAAUCUUCCAGAUUUGAAAGUAAAGGGUUUCUAUUUUGCAGUGUUGCUAUAAAAUUUCAUUUUACUGUAAAAUAGAAAUAAAUGAAUAUAAAUAGAGUUUUACUGCUUUAGAAAAUAUUUUUAAUAGAAGAGGAGUGAACAGUGGACUAACAGUUUCUAAUGAAAUUGAAGAAACUAAGUAUAGACUUUUAUUGACAUGGUUGGAGGGUACUUAAAUAACUUCUCAUUGCCACAGUUGUUUUGAACCAAAAAUAAUUAUUUAUGUUUUUAUUCGCUGUUAGUUCAUAUCUCCGUUAACGUGAUUCAUUGGUACCAUUAUGAUAUAAAGUACAAUGUUGUUUUUAUGUUUUCUUAAAUAUAUACAGGUUAGAGAAAAUAAAGGAGAUGAGUACA